AUGGCCCCAAAGACUGUACUCAUCACGGGCGCGAGCGAGGGCGGCAUCGGAAACGCCCUCGCACUUGCUUUCCAACAGCGCGGCCUUCGCGUCUUUGCAACGGCCCGAAGCCUGUCCAAGAUGGACAACCUGAGCAAGCUGCCCAACAUAGUACUGCUGGAGCUGGAUGUGACGUCCCGCCAGGGCAUCGAGGCAGCUGCUGCCGCGGUAAAAUCCCACACGGGCGAAGAGAAGCUCGACAUCCUCGUCAACAACUCGGGCCAGUCGUACGUCGGCCCCGCUCUCGACACGUCCAUCGAGAAAGUGCGAGGCCUGUUCGACGUCAACUUCUUCGGCCUGGUCGAGACCACUCUGGUGCUGGGCAUGAUGGUCGUCGCCGCCAAGGGCACCAUCGUCAACAUCAGCUCCGUACUCGGGCACACGCACAUGCCGUGGCUGGCGUAUUACAAUGCCUCUAAGGCGGCCGUCGACUUGUUUGGCGAAACGCUGCGGCUCGAGAUGGCGCCGUUCGGCGUCAAGGUCCUGACAGUCGCCGUCGGCGGCGUAGAGACCAACAUGAGCAACACGGCAAACGUCGCGCCGCCUGAGCUAUCCGAAGGUUCUCUCUGGGCCGUCACCGAGAAGUACCUGGCGAAGCGAGCUGCCAAGGAACAUCGGUGGGCAACGCCGCCCGCGGUAUUUGCCGAGCGUGUCGUGCGCGAUGUCCUGAACGGAACAAACGGAAGAGUUUACCGAGGAGUUGGCGCUACUGCCGUCUGGAUCGUUACAACUUUGCUUCCUGGCUGGCUCAAGGACAAGCUAGUCGCCAACAACGAGGUGGCCAACAACAAGUUUGACAUUGUCCGAAAGCCCUAG